CCUUCUCAGAUCUUUUUUAUUUGACUUAGCCAAGAGAUUGAAAAGGAAAGAGGACAGUGUCUUAUGAUAAUUUGCUAAGACCAUGAUAGACAAAUGUAACAUCUUGUACCUAUUUUGUCCUUCUAAAAUCAGAUGUGUCAGAAGAACUGGAUACAAAACUUACUCCCAGUAGAAGAUCAGAGAAAAUGGAAGAUACCUCAGAAGAGUGUGAAAAUACAGCCUCUUCGGUUGCAUUUGAAAAUCUCAAGACAAAUGUAACUGAUAUAAUGUUAAUCUUGAUAGUGGAGAAUGUAACUGGCCUGUCCAAUGAUGCUUUUCAAGUGGAAGUAUUACGAGAUUUUGACGUUGCUGUAGUUACCUUUCUAACACAUGUGGAUGCUGUGACAUUUGUUAAUGAUUGUCCCAGGCACCACUCAGUGAAACAACUCCAGCUUUCUCCAAGACUUCUGGAAGUGACGAAAACAAUCAGGGUUGAAAACCUGCCACCUGGUGUUGAUGACUAUAAUCUGAAAUGCUUAUUUGAAAAUCCUCAAAAUGGAGGAGGAAGAAUUGCCAGUAUUGAGUGUUUGCCUGAAGAGAAUUCGGCUCUGAUUGAGUUUUUUGACAAAAAAGGUAAUAUCUAUGAGCCUGAUUUUGUGAACCUACCUCACAUGAUCUAAGCCCUUUUAGCAGAUCUUAUCAGUUAUCAGUUGAGUUCUGAUGCAUUUUAUUUUUUAUUCAUAAAUUUCACUGGAAAUCCAUUAGUAAUCCUGCUCAUCUGGGAUAUGAUCAUUAAUGAGUCCAGUGAUUUAAACUUUAGAGAAGCAGGGCCGAGUUUUGAAAGAUAUAAGGAGAUUCUCUCAUGAGUCUCUACCUAUAGUGAAAAAUCCAUAAUUCUUAGACUCUUUGAAAUACUGUAUUAAAAAAAAGAUGAUCUGUGUUUUAGCUGUCUACUUGGUAGAAAUUCUCAAGUUCAUCCCAACAAGGCUAGGUAAAGAAAUACUCAGAAACACAUACACUUCCUGUGAAGUAUCACUACUUCCCCCUUUCACGUGUCAGUCUCAUCAUUCAGAAAUUCAUAGGGGUGGUUAAUGGCAUCCAGCGGAUGCCUGCUGGAUUGUUCUUUGCAGCAACCCCGUGAAAACCAUGUUCAGCUGAACCUCAGGGAAACACCUCUAAGGGUUUUGUAGAUAUUAGAUUGCCA